ACUUUGUUUAGUUUAAUGUUAUGGUAGGAAAUACUCGAUCAAUUUGACUAUAGUCGAUUGAAAAAUUGCCCCAAACCUCAAAAACCUACUUUACACAGUUCCACUCCACCAUAUAUAGGACAUUUUUAUAAUCACACUCUUUGGUGUGACCCAGAUAAGGAUGCAUUUGGGUCUGGAUCUUCUCAAAGUUUCUUCCUCAUGCUCUCUCAGGGAGUUUUUCCUUACCACCUUUACCUUCGGUCUUGCUCGUUACAGAUAAAUAUAAAUUUAUUUAGAAGCUUUGUCAUUUUUAUUCUGAAUUUUUAUAUUUCUAUAAAGCUGCUUUGAAACAAGGUUCAACUGCUAAAAGCAUUAUACAAAUAAAAUUGAAUUGAACUUAAUAUAUUCCACUUGUUAAGAUAACAUUAUAUGCAGUGUGUGCAAGUCUUAACCCAGAACUAUCACAUUCUUUCAGUGUCUGCUGCCUGUGUGUUUCACAGAUGUGUCCUUGUUGGACCUUACUAUCAGUUGUCCUUGUACUAACAUCUUGACUAACCAUCAAGCUUUAAGCAUCUAAACCAGAUGGCUGACAUGUAAGAAAUCUAUCACUCAGUCAUUUGGAUACUGAUGCUGGAUUGGCAAGAGUGACCUCCAUGGCUUUUGCCACCAUUUGUGUCUGUUUUUUCUUCUCAGACAAACAAACAUAAAAAUUUUUGCGUUACCAUAUCUGGUACCAGAUACAGCACACAACGGUAAUAAAUCCCCAGUCCUAUAUUUUGCCAAGUGGCUUGUAUAAGUAUUAAAAUGCUCAUUACUUCUAGAAUUAUCAUACAAUCGUCAUGUGUUCUCACGAGUGUCUUGUAAGUCAUUUUAAAGAAAGAAAAAGAAACAACGAUAUAGGCUUGUGCUGUUUUUUACGCAAAUUAAAAUGGAAAACAUGAAUUUGUUUGAUUUUCUUAAUGCUUACUGACGUUAGUUUAUAUCAACAAGCUGGCUGUGUUCCAAUAUCAGCGCUAUGGGAUAACAGAAUGGGUGGUUACAUAAGGUUAAUUAGUGGAUUAACCCAUCAUUAAUUACUCCAUCACAGUGCAUGGAAAAAUACUAAUAUUGGUAGCUUUAUUAAGGACACAUUUUCCCCAAGAGUGGGCUGAAUUCAUUACAUGAUAAAUACAAUUUUUUGCUGAAUUUAUUCCCACUUCUUGGCUGAGACAUGGUACUUUUUCCAAUAGCAGCUAUAUUUUCAAUAUAUGUGUUUAUUAUGGCUAUAUAUAUGUUCAAUAUAGCUGGGUUUAUAUUCAACAUUACCACACAUUAUCAGUUCAAAUAUGUAUAGCUUUUAAAGCAUUUUUUCAUUAAGCCUUAGAAGCAGAGUUGAUAUUGUGAAUUGGGAAACAUGUCAAUCUCACUGAGUUUGGCUGUGACGUACUGUAGUUGUUGGUGCAAGAUGGUUGAGUAUUUUAUAAAUGGCUGAUAACUCAUAUAAACACUCUUUAUACCCAUGAUGAGCAAAAAAACAUCUCAGGACAAGGUCAAGACUUGAAGUGGAUGGGCUACAACAGUAAAAGACUGCAUCAGGUUCCACUCUGGUGAGCCAAGAACUGGAAUCUGAGGCAUCUGAGACUGGAGAGUUGAAGAGUGGAAAAAAUAUUGCCUGUUCUUUUUCCAGUCUUUACUUUAGUGCAUCUAAUCUCCUAAAGGAGACAAAUAUCUAACAAAAGGAGCUGGUGGUCAUGGGAGCACCUGGAUCAUACUACUGGACUGGAACAGUGAAAGUGUUCAAUAUCACCUCCAAUACACAAUACAAUCUCAACAAAGAUCAGCUGAGUUCUCAAAGAUACAGUUACCUGGGCUAUGCAGUCACCGCUGGCCACUUCUCCUCACCUACUGCCAUCGAUAUCGCUGCUGGUGCACCUCAGGAUGGUGGUGGAGGAAAAGUUUACGUCUUCAGACUCGACGGUGUCUCUCUUGUUAAGGUCUUUCAAGCCUCAGGGAAAAUGAUGGGCUCAUACUUUGGCUCCUCACUGUGUGCAGUUGACCUGAACGCAGAUGGAUUCUCAGACCUGCUGGUAGGAGCACCGAUGUACAGUGAGGUUCGAGAUGAAGGCCAGGUGUCUGUUUACAUCAGCAGGGGCAAUGUGAGUUCAUUCCUUCAUAAGGGGGUGACGGAGGAUGCAGUGGUUUUGAAUGGCGACAAUGCAUACAAUGCUCAUUUUGGAGAGUGUAUCAGUGCCAUUGGGGACAUCGAUGAUGACGGAUACCAAGAUGUGGCGAUAGGAGCUCCCAAAGAGGACGACUUUGUGGGUGCAGUUUACAUCUACCAUGGAGAUGCGAAAGGAAUAGUCAACAAGUACUCAAUGAGAUUGUCGGGACGAAGCAUCAGUCCAUCCAUCCAAAUGUUUGGCCAGUCAAUAUCUGGCAACGUAGACAUGGAUGGAAACGGAUAUCCAGAUGUGACAAUCGGCGCAUUCAUGGCAGACAGUGUGGUGUUAUUAAGGUCUAAACCGGUAAUCACUGUGGACAUGUCCAUCUUUCUGCCGGCCUCCAUAAACAUCACUGUUCCUCAGUGUCAUGAAGGUCCACAGCAUCUCAACUGCUUUAAUGUCACUCUUUGUAUGAGCUUCAACGGGAAACUUGUGCCAGGACAGAUAGAGCUGCUGUACAAUCUAACAGCGGAUACAGACAAGCGAUACAAAGGCCUGACAUCACGGGUUUACUUCACACAAGGUGGAGAGCAGACUGGUGUUGUGAGUCAGAACUUCAGCCUUAGAAUCAACCAGCAGAAAUGCCAUCACUACACAGCCUAUGUACGGAAGGAAGUGAAGGACGUGUUUGCAGCCAUCAUUUUUGAGGCAUCAUACAGCCUGGGCAAGCAUGUUCUGGAAGAACGUCGUGAGAAUGAGCUUGCUGCACUCUCGCCUGUACUGCGAUGGAGAAAAGGAGACAAGAUUGCAACAAGGAAUGAGACUUGGUUUGAGAAGAACUGUCUGUCUGAUGACUGUGCUGCUGACCUAAAGCUGCAUGGCAAACUGCUGCUUUCAGGACAUCACAUCAGGCCCCAUCUUGCUCUCGGUGGAGUGAAAAACGUCUCUCUCAACAUAACCAUCGUCAACUCUGGCGAUGACGCUUAUGACACCAACAUCUACUUUAAUUUUUCCAGGGAGGUUCACUACAUAAACUUUCUGCAGAGGGAAGAGAAAGGCAUUUCCUGUGAACUGAUUCAGCUGGACUUCCUUAAAUGCAGUGUGGGAUUUCCUUUCAUGAAAGCACAGACUAAGUAUCAUUUGUCUGUACUUUUUGACACAAGUCAUCUGUCUGGUGAAAAUAAAACACUGCUGUUUUUAGUACAUGCCAGAAGUGCCAACCCAGAACAUGAGAACAAAUUACAUGAUAACACGUUGGAGCUGUCUAUCCCACUGAUGCACGAAGUGGACACAGCUGUGACUGGUCUGGUUAAUCCUUCCUCAUUCGUGUAUGGAAAUUCUGUUGACCCAUCUCGCUUUGUUCAGCUGGAGGACUUGGAGUGCAACUUCCAGCCUCUCAACUUUACUUUUCAGGUGAUAAACAAUGGGCCAAGCAGACUGCCGGGCUCCACUGUGGAUAUAAGGAUACCUAACAGACUGGUGGGAAAUGGAGCAGACAUGUUCCACAUCUUAGACACACAAGUAGCUGAAGGCAAAGGGAACUGUACAUGGCACAGAAACCCCACACCAUGCGUCAUUCCCCAGGACAGAGAGAGUAUUUUCCAUACCAUCUUUGCGUUCUUCACCAAGUCUGGCAGGAAGGUCUUGGACUGUGACAGGCCAGGAAGAGCCUGUCUAACUAUUUCCUGUAAGCUAAGAUCCCAAGCUAAAGACGAAGCUACAAUUAUUGAUGUGCAAAUGCUACUGAACACUGAACCACUAAAGAAAGACAGCUCCUCGGUUAUUCAGUUUGUGACACGAAGUCAUGUCCAAAUAGACAGCCGGGCUAUGGAGGUGUCCGAUGGCCUACCAGAGGACAUUUCACUGGUGUUUGAGGCAUUGCACAGUCAGGAGCCCAGGGGUUAUGUGGUGGGCUGGAUCAUUGCCAUCAGUCUGCUAGUGGGGAUCCUCAUCUUCCUCCUGCUGGCUGUGCUGCUCUGGAAGAUGGGAUUUUUCAGGCGGCAUUACCGGGAGAUAAUAGAAGCAGAAAAGAACAGGAAAGACAGUGAUGAGAGCUGGGAUUGGGUUCAGAAGAGUGAAUGAAAGCCUGGAGUUGUUUCAGAUGACCCACUAAGCUGCUACCUUCACCACAGCCAUGUCCUUAGUCCCACCAUCCAUAUCGUCUUCCAUAUGUGGAAGAGAAGAAUAUUCUCCAAAUUUUUCGGGGGCCUUGACACUUUUUUUUGUAGGUAGAGAAAUGGAUAUUUGGCAUGAUGACAUGGUUCACCAGAUAUGACUCAUAGUGGAAUUCCAUAUGAUCCCAAUGGAGGCCGUCUGCCAGUUGGAGCAUAAGGACGGAAGGAAAGCAUCGAAGGAUUCCACAUAAGGAUAUGGAUAUUGCGUCAAAACUAGCAGAUCAUAAAAACUCUCAGGGCGCUGUUUAAGAGCAAAGACCUAUUUUUUUACAUGUAUUCAUGUAUGAUGUAUAAAUGAGAGCUUCAAGAGGGCUUGUAGAUUGUUAGCCUUCAAACAUAUAUUUUUAGUAUUGAUGUUUGAAAGCACUGAUUCCCGACACAUGCUGAAGGUUUGAUACUCUUCAUGUAAAGAUCAAUGUUCCAGGAAGAACAUACAAUAGUACCAUAUGUUGGAAACAUCCUGAAAAUAAAUGGAGGGUUGUACCUCUGUUUCUUUUCAUUUCACAGCCAUCCAAUUUGCGAAAAAAAUGUUGUUGUUGUUGUUGAUGAUUUUGUUUUUUCCGUUGUUGCUUUUGAAGCUUUACUAUUUUUGUAAAGCUUUCACUGCUUUUGCAGUGAAACUCUUCUUAUCCUCUGGUCAAAUAUUGCACCUAAAGAAAAGUCCAAAUGUGUUGUAGUGCAUGACUGGGCCUAAGCUCAUUCUUUGGGGCUUUUGGGAAAAGUUUUAUGUCAACACAUUGGAAUGCAAAGCUCCCUCAUAACUCAGAGCACAUCAGUUAUAAAGCAAAGCCCCACUCCAAGCAGAGGUGUGCAGUCACGUCUUUCCAAACUAUUUUUAUUCAAGUUCAUCAGCCAAUUGCGCAUAACUGUAAAAUGCAGCAGUAAAGCAGAGCAUAAUGGAUAUAGAACCUAUUAAAUUCCAUCAUCAUGUUCUUGUUUCUGGUGAGCUAUUAUUUUCUCCUUUUCUUUCAAUUCUUACCCAUAAUCUUUAUCAUACACUGAAUCUACAGAUUGUCAUAUGUAUCGUUUUUUUUUUUGCUUGAACAAAAAAAUUACCUUUACAAAUAAUAUAAAUAUUUUUAAAAAAUAGAGAUGACGUUGGAUUUUUUUUUAUAUAUAUAAUUCACUAAACUUUUAUACCAAAGUCAGCAAAUUUUCUAGUUACUGCUUAUCUUUCAAAUUUGUUGGUUUACUGAAGAAAAUUGCUUGUACGUUAUAUAAAUGAUCCAUUCUGUCACUGGCAUAAACACAUUUCUCCUCUGCACCUGGCAAUGUUUUAUUUUUGACAUCAUUUUUGUUUUUUUUGUUUUUAUUUUGCAUGUGCAUAUGAGAGAGAAAUACUUGACAUUAAAUAGCUAUUUAUGUAUUGUAUAUUGACUGUGAGUGUUUCAGCAGUAUUACUAUCACCUUUUUUUUUUUUUGAAUAAACUACUGUCACAGAUUUUCUUUUUUGUAAAUGCAGUAAAGUGAAAUACUUUGUGUAUAUUUGUCUGUUAAUUUUUCCAUUUUAAAAAAAUUAAAGUUCACAAUUGGA